GAGACUUGGACCUUGGUACCAUGUUUUUAAUACUGAGAACCAGAUACACUAUGGGAAUGAAGAUAAUGCACAGAUUGUAAUUUUCAGAUACAAAAUCAAGGAUACUUCGCUGAGUAUCAUACUUGUCUUUUCAAUUCUAGCUCAAGAAGAGCUCCAACUCGAAGCUUUGUCCCGUGCGGAUAGCACACCUAUGCCACAUUCCAUUCUGUCGCCCAUCACCUCCACUGUACAACGAGGUAAAAUCUUUGACCGGUCUGAACCUAUCACAAUUGAAUCAAGAUUCUCAGAGGAAGUAUGGAUACUCGAGCACCAAAAAGACAGAAGGUGACAACGGCUUGUGAUCCCUGCCGAGGCCGUAAGGUCAAAUGUGAUGGCCAUCAACCAGUGUGUGGACCAUGCGAGAGAAGGUCCAAGUCAGUUUCUUGCACUUGGGCUACGGACUUUUUACAUGCUCCAUCGGCAUCAGCAGAUUAUAUCAAACGUCUAGAAGAUCGGAUAAAAUUGCUAGAAGCAAAUAACAGUCAGGGUUCCCAGAUACGAACAAACAUCAUCUCAAGUUCAAACAGUACUUCAGGAAACUCAUUAGCAGAGACCAUAAGUAGCCAUAGAGCUACUACUUCAGCCUCACCUGCAUCUGCAUCAUGGCUAUCUACAGUUUCGUGGGAGGAAUAUCCAUCAAUGAAUACACCGGAAAUGAGCGCCAAUCAAUGGCAAUCUAAUCCGACUGCCGCCAUCAGCCCAAGAUUAGUUCCUUCAUUUCAAGAGCUUUCAAAAAGCAUCGAUAAUAUAUGCGCCUCUAGCGACCUUCCUACCCAUAAUAUUGUGUUUGAUCAAAAUCAUGGAACCAUUGUUAUCGACAGACCUUCUGCCCAAAGUUUCAUGCAAGAAGUGGAGAAACUAGUCACAGAGAAAAUCGGUGAAGCAUCAACAUCAACAUCAGAUACCCUUGGCUUUUAUAUUAACACUGCCUCGUCCGCAGUUCCAAAUUAUGGAUCACUGCAAAGGGAUCUGGACUAUGUCUUACCAACUCGGGAGCAAGCCGAUAGCCUAUUGACAUCGUAUUUUGACAAUGUUCAUUUUUUAUAUCCGUUUUUAGACAAAAUGGGAUUACGAGAAGAGUACGAGAAGAUUUGGAGCUGCGAAAAUUACACGACCGACCAGGGGUCGCUGAUUUGUCUAAUAAACUCAGUAUUUGCUAUCAGUAGCCGCCAAACGAAAACAACAGUUUCAAACCAUGAGAAUAUGGCUGCCAUAUUCUGCAGAAGAGCACAAGGAUUUCUCAACAUCCCAACGUGUUCGAUCCGCUCAGUCCAGUCAUAUCUUAAUUUAGCGUUGUAUUUUCAGAGCACAGGCGAAUCUCGUACAUGUUGGCUGUGUGUUGGAAAUGCAAUACGCAUAGUCCAGAUGCUUGAACUUGACUUAUCUGAAACAAGCGAACGAAUAGACAAAAGUCAAGCUAGAGAAUCGCUUCGCAAAGCUUGGCAUAGUUGUGUUAUUAUGGAUAGAGAGGUUCAAAUGCUAUAUGGCCGACCAUCUAUGAUUGAUCCACAAGCUGCUGCUGCCAUCCCGCUCCACUUACUUGCGGAGGAAGAUAACUAUCAACCGAGGCACAAUGAAGAGAACACCAUCGAAAAGCCGCAGACUUAUACUGCUGAUUUCUACAAGUCUUGUCUAGAACUUUACGAUAUCUUGUAUGCCGUAUUUCUCAAUUCACGGCGUGGUAAAUCCGAUACAAAUGUGAUAAAAGGGCGGUACACUUCCGAUAACAUCUCAUCUCCUGGGAUAAACAUCUCCAUUCUCCGUCUACAGGAAGAACUUUCAAAGUGGGAACAAGAAAAUCCUAACCACCUGAGACUUGAGAAGCGCUCGACACACAACAAUCUAAACGCUGUACAGACCCGUCGAGCAGUAUUUCUUCAUCAAAGAUAUCUCCACAUUCAACUAUUGUUACUAACGCCCGUUCUUCAACAACUCAUUGGCACCGAAUCUCGAAAUAAAUCAGAAAGCAUCCCUCUUGGAAGUGUCCUCUCUCAUCGAAUCUCUCAACAAUGUGCAAUUGUGUGUGUUGAGAUUGCCCAAGAAGCUAUUGAUACUAUAUACCUUCGCGAAACUUCAGGUUCGAACGAAAUCUCCGCAUGGUGGUGCAAUGUGAUCUUCCUGUAUAAGUCUGCAACAGUACUGAUCGCGGGAGGUCUUUGUCCUUCUGUUGCGGCUGAAAUAUCAGAAGCUUCAAUUCACGAGAGUUUUGAUAAAGCCACGGCAAUUCUCAGACAGUACACUGUCUUUUACUCGUCGAUCCUCCGUCUCGUCACUGUGCUCGAUAUUCUGUUUCAGAUCGUGCCUCAAAAAUUCUCCCGUUUGAAGAAAGCUUCUCAACGGGUUGAAGCUGGUGCUGGGCUAUCUACUCCCGAUGACGAUAACAGCGCGGUAACAUUUCAGUACUGGUGUCCAAUAAAACCAAUCCGCCAUGCAGCAUCUGCUCAACAAGAUGCUGUGAGUUCUAACCCCAAGAAUAACGGCUCAUCUCAGAUUCUCACAGAUUUGGAUCGACUUUUCGACACAAACGACUUUACAUGGCUUACCAAAAUGCCUUUUAAUACUUGAGGAAGUUCCGGUAUUUGAAUUGGCGGGAUGGUUGUUCUGGAAAAGUUGUAAUUAUAUAAUGUAUGCUUGUAUGCAUAUCCGUUCGGAGGCUCGGAGCGGUUGGAUGAUCAAUCGAUUUGAGCUAGACGUGCCUUCUCAUGAAUAGUUGCAAAAAGGUAUCUUCGGAUGACUUGAAGGAAGACAAGCUAUGUAGUCAUCAAGUAUUGACACCUGCACUAAAUCUCCAGAUGAAGUGGGUGGGAGGCUUGACUUAAUCAUUGUCCACAUAUUUUCCUUCACAGAUUAUCCUCGUGUGUUUUCCCAGUUUUCAUUCCACAUGAUUAGGUAUCUUUCACGUCGUCUGAUUUUCCCGCUGUCUAUGUUAUCCCUGGAACAAAUCUAUGACGUACAGUGCAACCACCAUAAAAUCCAACAACCGACAGAGACAAAUCCCAAUAAUCAUAAUCGAAACUCACA